CUUUGCGCUAGUAAGAUUUUAGUGGCACUAUCUGGCAGCACUGCAAGCACAAUUUUUCAAGAUUGGCGUCUGCCGCGUUUUAUUGCAGCGAAUUAAUUAAUUUUCCGAUUUGUGAAUCUUCCGUUCAUUACCAAAACACAGCGUGAAAAUGUCGAGCAAAUCCCGACGAGCUGGCACCGCCACACCGCAGCCCACCGGCACGUCCACCCCACGGGCGCCGUCGGCGGGUCCCCAGCAGCACCACCACCAGCCGCCUCCAUCCCAGUCCCAGCAAGCCGCCAGCCCCCUCAGUCCCACCCGCCAUUCGCGUGUGGCCGAAAAGGUGGAGCUGCAGAACCUGAAUGAUCGUCUGGCCACUUACAUUGACCGGGUGCGCAACCUGGAGACGGAGAACUCUCGUCUCAGCAUCGAGGUUCAAACCACCAGGGACACCGUCACCCGGGAGACAACCAACAUGAAGAGUAUGUUCGAGAACGAGCUGGGGGAGACGCGUCGUCUUUUGGACGAGCAGGCCCGGGACCGAGCUCGUGCUGAGAUCGAGAACAAACGGCUGUGGGAGCAAAACGAGGAGCUGAAGGCCAAGCUGGAGAAGAAGACCAAGGAAUGCAACACCGCAGAGGGCAAUGCCCGCAUGUACGAGUCGCGUGCCAAUGAGCUGGGAAACAAAUACAAAGAUGCAAACGCCGAACGGAAGAAGAUUAAUGAUGAGCUGAACGAGACCAUCAAAGAGCUGGAGCGACUCCGUAAGCUAUACGAGGAUACGCGCAAGGGUCUCGAGCAAGAGACGUUGACUCGUGUCGAUUUGGAGAACACCAUUCAGAGUCUGCGGGAGGAGCUGUCCUUCAAGGACCAGAUCCAUACACAGGAGAUCAAUGAGUCGCGCCGCAUUCGCCAGACCGAGUACAGUGAGAUCGACGGCCGCCUUAGCUCCGAGUAUGAUGCCAAACUGAAGCAGUCCCUCCAGGAGCUCCGCGCUCAGUAUGAGGAGCAGAUGCGCAUCAAUCGCGAUGACAUCGAGUCUCUCUACGAGGACAAGAUCCGGCGGAUGCAGGACGCUGCCAAUCGCACGCACAACACCACACACAAGUCGAUUGAGGAGUUGCGCAGCACUCGCGUUCGUAUCGACGGUCUUAAUGCCAAGAUCAACGAUCUGGAGUCGACCAAUGCCGUGCUCAACGCCCGUAUCCGGGAGCUGGAGCAGCAGCUGGACAACGAUCGCGAGCGUCAUGGCCAGGAGGUGGCUCUGCUCGAGAAGGAGCUUAUCCGUUUGCGCGAUGAGAUGGCAACGCAGCUGCAAGAAUACCAGGAUCUUAUGGACAUCAAGGUGUCUCUGGAUUUGGAAAUCGCUGCCUACGACAAGCUGCUGGUCGGCGAGGAGGCACGCCUGAACAUCACCCCGGCAAACUCGGCCACCGUACAAUCGUUCAGCCAGUCGUUGCGCAGCAGCACCCGUGCCACGCCCUCGCGUCGCACUCCCUCAGGCGCUCAGAAGCGCAAGCGUGCCAUGGUGGAUGAGAGCGAGGAUCGCAGCGUCUCGGACUACUAUGUGUCGGCCAGUGCCAAGGGCAACGUGGAAAUCAAGGAGAUCGAUCCCGAGGGAAAGUUCGUGAAGCUGUUCAACAAGGGCACCGAUGAGGUGGCCAUCGGCGGUUGGCAAUUGCAGCGACUGAUCAACGAGAGUGGCCCCUCGACCACCUACAAGUUCCAUCGGUCGGUGAAGAUUGAGCCUGGUGCAACGGUGACCGUCUGGUCGUCAGACACCAAGGCAUCCCACGAGCCGCCAUCGAAUAUCGUGAUGAAGUCGCAGAAGUGGGUCGCCGGCGACAAUACAAGGACGGUGCUGCUGAAUGCCGAUGGCGAGGCUGUUGCCAAUCUGGAUCGCGUCAAGAGAGUAGUGUCCACACACGUCUCCUCCUCACGGCUAAGUCGUCGUCGCAGCGUUAGUGUCGUUGAUGGCAGUGAGCAGCUGUAUCACCAGCAAGGUGAUCCCCAACAAACCGGCGAAAAGUGCGCCAUUAUGUAAUCCCACGUUUCUUUUCCAACUCAGACACAAAAACAAGAAAAAUGAAAACAAAAAAGAAGAAAAAAAAAUCCACAAAACUCAACUCACACAAACACAGAUACAGAUACAGUAGUAAUCAGUUAAGAUAUUUUUUGUGGCCCGCAACGGCAUUAAUUUAAUCAAAACCGAAAUAUUUGUGUGGAUCUGCUUUAGCAGCCAAGCGAUAAUCCUAGUUUCGUCUACUUCACUUUUGUUCGCCCCUUAAUCCCUUUAAACCGAAAGCACUUUCAUUAACACUGUAAUUUACUGUUUCAAUGACAAAACUUUUUCCACGUUUUAUGUUAAGCUAAAGAUCAUUUUGUAAACUCUAUGUGGCAUACAAAGGUGGCCAUCUACCCAGUAGAUGCCACAUAUAAGCUUACACACCCUAACACUUUUGUAGAUUUUUGCCGUCAAGAACUUUGAAAAUAUUGCAAAAGAACAAUAUUUUUGAUGGACUUGCGGAUCACCUUUAAAAAAAAAAAACAAGAAAACAAAUUAGAAUUGUAAGAAAUAUCCGAGAUACACAUACAGAUUACACGAAACAACGAGCAGAACAAUGAGAAAUCGUUAAGAUUAUCCAAAAUUAACAAAGAGAUGCUCCUGACAACAGACAUAUUUAUUUAAGUAUUUUUGUACAAUCAGCAUAAAAUACAAUAUACAUUAUAUAUAUAUUUAGAAACAUGCCUACGCAAAUAAUACAGAAAGCCAGCAAUAUCCAUAUGUAUGAUUCUUAGCCAUGGCCAUAGGGUUUUGGACUCCCAGCCCCCAGCUCCCUGAACGCUUUCACCCGGUCCCAACCGGUUUCGGGCUUCCUGCAGCCGCUUUUUUUUAUACCGGACAAGCAACUGAAACAAACACUGUAACAGGAAAACAUGUACAACAAUUAAACAAUACAAAAAAAAGAAGGAAUUAAGAACUAUAUGGCUCAGCGAUGCGUCGCAUUUUUAUGAGUGGGCGUGGUCGCGUUAUACGCCGGCCAAACAAAUUCUACGCCCACAAACUAUUUUACACAAGAUGUUGAGAAGAAGGGAGACUAAAAUUUAAGUACACCUAUGUUUAUGUAAUUGCUAUUUGAUAAUAAAAACUAAUAAAAACCA